CUACACCCACAAUACCAUUACAAUGGCCUGCCUCAACUUCGUCCGCAAAACCUGGGCAAAGACCAUUGCAAAGGGCGGCCACGAUGGGACCGUCCUCCACUCGCUCGUGGUCAACUCGGCCCGCCCGGGAUAUGUCCACACGACGCUCAAGGUCAGCGCGCAGCACCUGAACAACCAUAACACGGUGCACGGCGGCGUGCUGCUCUCGCUCACCGACACUGUCACGUCGCUCGCGCUGCAGUCGCGGGGCAUCGUCCCGCCGACCGGCGCGUCUGUCAACAUCUCGUGCGAGUUUGUCCGCCCCGGAGGUCGGGACGGCGACGAGCUGAUCGGCAUCGGCGAGGUGGUGCAGCUUGGCCGCACGCUCGCCUACACGCGCGUCAACUUCCACUCGCCCGACGGCAAGCUCGUCGCAUUCGGCAACCACACCAAGCACAUGGGCGCCAACAAGCCCACCGUCAACUUCAGCGAGGACGGCGAGCUCGAGAUCCCCUUGGAGGAGAAGCACCACCACAAGAAGGCGUAGGAGAGGUCGCGGAGAGGAGCGGAGCGGGUUGCCGCGUCGCCCUGGGUGCUCCUGGUCCGGGGUUCGGCGUUGGCGCCGCGCCGCGCACGGUCACGUUUGGCUUGGAUUUGCAUUGCGGGGGCUGUGGUUGGUGAAGCUGCAAGCUGGCAAAGAUGUAGAGAUGCAGCAGCAUCACUAGAGGAUGAAGUUGUUGUGGUAGGAG